AUGGUCACAGACCCAGAGUUGCUGAUUGUUUUCGCGGCUGGGAAUGACGGCCAAUCUUCCACCCGGUGCGUUGAUACUGACGUUUAUCGGGACCGACAAAUCAUGUUCGAGCAAUCCUCCAAAAACCCCCUUGUAGUAGGGUAUACUUUCAACCACCGUCAAUUCGCCCGAGACACGUUGGGAAGGGUAUACGAGCCAGCUAUAGAUAACAAAGAUGAGAGACCAGUGAAUGGCCGUAACUAUAGAGAUGGAUCUGGUACAAGCAAAGACAAACUCCUAAAGCUUCAGAAGUCCGCCAGAGUCUCGUACAGCAGUGGCAGGGGCCCAACGUUGGAAGGUCGUAUAAAACCAGAUGUGGUCGCUCCGGGUGCAGGCAUACUCUCAGCGAGAUCCGGAAAGGCGAAAAAUGCCACAAGUAGCGGCCUAAUGAGAAAACAGGAAUACAUCUUCAUGACUGGUAGCUCGUUCGCAGCGCCAUUGGUCUCCGGUAUGGCGGCAUCUCUUCAGUCUGCCCUCAAGAGUCUCAGGCCAAUCCCAGUCACCAACCCCAAGGGCAUUCUAAUCAAGGCGCUUAUCAUCAAUGGCGCGAGAGAUAUAGACAGAGCCCGAUACGAGUGGAAGAGGAACAUCAGCCAUCGCAAGCCGGGCCCUCCGAAGGGUAGUGGCUGGCGCUACGAAACCAUGCCCGCUGCCCCAGACGGAGCUCAAGGAUGGGGGCUUGUCGACAUGGAGCGCUCCAUGGUGUCACUGACAGUGAAUGGCGGGUACCAUACCGCAACGGUCACGAAGGGAUCAACGGAGACACAUGAUGUACCAACGCUACCGCCGAGCGCAGGCGAACGCGUCCUCACGGUAACAAUGUGCUACAAUGACACAGAGGGCUACCUGAUACAGAAUCGUCUGUCACUGCAUGUGGAUCUCAAACCGAUUGACUUGAAUACAAAGCCUCCGCGAAAGGACGCAAACACAACGCCUGGGGUUGACUUAUCUUCAGAGACUGUCAAAGGGGGAUUCUCGUUCAGUAAUGUGCAGCGGUGGUCUGAGAAGAUCCAGCCUUCACUAUUCAGUAGUAUGCAACUCAUUGUGUGCAACGAGCCUAACUCGCUCUCUCCUUCAACAGACUUCGCCGUUGCCUGGGCUUUGACGAGCCCUAUUCCACCUCAGACUGCAAACGAUUCUUAA